AAUCAUCUCGUAAACGAACAUCAAUAUUAAGAGAAGUAAGUACUGUUGAUAGUGAAACGUCACAACUGCGACGCGAUAGAGAAAUUAAUAUCAUGAUAGACGAUGCCCACUUUACACCUCAAACGCCACCGCCGACUUAUACAAGAACAAUAAAUCAUAUGGGAUUACCUCCACCAUAUACUUCUUCAGAAUCAGAUUCAAUAAAUCAUAGAUCUGCGAUUACAAGUGAUUAUUCAAGUUCAAUAGAAGAGGGAACAGCUCAAUCGACCACAUCAUCAAUGAUACAAACACCACCAUUCUCUUAUAGUACAAAUUUAGCUCAUCAGACAGUAUAG